AUGGCAGGCACGCUGCCGCCCUUUUUCACCAUCUCAGAUGAUGAUCACGGUGGGUAUGUCGCUGUCACUCUCUAUACUUUUCUAAGUUUGACGGUGGUCACUGUCUUCGUGCGACUUUUUACAAGAUGGUAUAUCGCAAGGGUUGUCUAUCCAGAUGAUAUCUUGCUCGCAAGUGCCACGGGACUGGCAAUUCUCCAGAGCGCUUUUGUUCAACUGGCCAUCGAUCAUGGACUCGGCAAGAAGAUACGCAUAAUUUCGACCAACGACUUGAGUUCCUUCGAUAAGUACCUAUACGGAACGCAAAUCCUCCUCCUUGCAACCUUGUCUUGCAGUAAAUUCUCCCUGGCGCUACUUUUCCGCAGUUUGACGGCCGAGGGCAACGUAUUGCGGCUGAGCCAAGGCUUGAUGGUUGUAGUUGGAUUAUGGACAUCUUCGUCGAUCCUAGCUCUGGCCUUCCAAUGCGCUCUGCCUCGUCCAUGGGACACCACAGGCCGUUGUGUCAAUCGAGAAGCACUCGCAAAUUACAUCGGGACCAUGAAUAUUCUUACCGACGUAGCACUGGUUUUUCUUCCGUGUAUUGUGCUCCAGAAAGUCCAGAUCAGCAGGUCGAAGAGACUACGGAUCAUGGCCCUGCUCGCCACCCGGAUGAUUGUAUGUGUGGCAACCGCUAUCCAAAUGCACUACGCGAACAUUGCAAUGAAUUCGCCUGACCGAACAUGGGCAAGCAUUAACGCCAGUCUCUGGGGGCAAGUGAUGGUGAACCUCAGCAUUAUCACCACGGCCAUCCCAUCGCUUGGCCGCCUCAUUGUCGAACUCCAACCAAGCCUCAACGUGUUCGCCAUCACGGAGCGCCAUGGGGUUUCAGGUUGGGAACUCAUGUAUCGGUCGUCCAUGGGCAACGUCAAGCGCAGAAAGACGAUUCGGAAAGCACACAGGGCUUAG